UUUCAUUAAUAAUCAAUUGUGAACAACAAAUCCUCACAUUUUUUCAUUUAUCCUGCAAAUUCCCACCUUCUAAAUCUUAAUCAUUUACCAUAAAAAUCCAUUCUUUAUACCCAGUUUACAGCAUCUUUGAAAGCAUAAUGAGUGCUGGCGAAGAUGAAUCCUUAUCUCGAGAAACGCAGCAGGCGAAGAUAACCGAGGUAAGGAAGUCAAUCGGGCCAUUGACGGGGAAGCUAGCCAUCUACUGCUCGGAUGGAUGUAUUGCAAGAUACCUGAGAGCACGAAACUGGAAUUCCAAAAAGGCCAUCAAAAUGCUCAAAGCAUCUCUAAAGUGGAGAUCAGAAUACAUGCCAGAAGAGAUACGUUGGGAUGACGUUGCAGUGGAAGCAGAGACGGGAAAGAUUUACAGAUCGUCUUACAAAGAUAAACAUGGGAGGCCGGUUCUUGUCAUGAGGCCUCGUUGUCAGAAUACGAACUCAAUAAAAGGACAAAUCAAAUACUUGGUAUAUUGCAUGGAGAAUGCAAUUCUGAAUCUUGGUGAGGAACAAGAGCAGAUGGUGUGGUUGAUUGAUUUCCAUGGUUUCAGCUUGUCCAAUGUAUCACUCAAAGUUACUAAGGAUACGGCGCAUGUAUUGCAAAACCAUUACCCCGAGAGGCUUGGCGUCGCCAUUUUAUACGACGCCCCCAAGAUUUUCGAACCAUUUUGGAAGAUGGCAAAGCCCUUUCUGGAGCCUAAAACGGCCAACAAAGUGAAGUUCGUUUACUCCGAUGAUCCUAACACGAACAAGAUCAUGGACGAGUUGUUCGACAUGGGGAUGGUAGAGUCCGCAUUUGGUGGGAAACACGGUGAGGAUUUUGACAUCAACAAGUACGCAACAAGGAUGAGGAAGGACGACGAGAAGCUUCCCUUCGUGUGGGGAGCACAUCAUAGUUUGAUAUCACCACCACCUGUUUCUACAGGUGUGAGCUCUACGAGUUCAGACUCGGACCCCGAAGCCUUUGAUAUGAAAGAAGAGAAGGCCGUGAUUUCUAGCGAUGAAGAUAAGGGCGCCAAAUAUUACUGAGCUACAAUGGAAAUUUUUCCUUCAAAAACUCAAUACAAAGUUGGGCUUAUAACGAUUCAACCAACUUUUCUCACAACAAAUUUGAAUGUAUGAUGUAAGAUACUAUAUAACAUAGUACAAUCAUAAACUCAGCAUCUGACCUUGAAUUAAUGUUAGCAAAUAUGCGAGCUGUAAAAUA